GCCAUCAUGCUGAUGAACGAGGAAGAGCUGCACUCCAAGUUUCCCGAGACCGAGUCGAUGGCUUUCAACAAAGACAUGCGCGCAAAGGACCUCGAGAAGAAGGCGCUCAAGGCGGACCCGCGCACCUCCAUCUUUGGUGACAAGAACGGAGAGCAGCACGUCUUCAACAUCGGGGACGGGGCCGGCGCGGUCCUGCCCAAGGUGCUGAUGCGGAAGCUGCAAACGAUCGAGUCGGGCAAGGCGUUCGGACAACCCAUGCAAGUCACGGUCUCCGACGAGGAGAAGGACCGGCUGUACUCGAUGGUGCGUGAGGCGCAGCUACGCGACAUCCAGCCGCUCGCGGUCACGACCGGCAAGAAGAAGCGGAAGGUUGUCGAGGUCACGGAGAGCGACUGAGGUGCUUCCCCACACACCGUGGCCUGCGCGCUAUCGACUGCAGAGCUGAAAUCAUGUCCGCACGAGCGGGGCUGCGAAUGACGACCGGCUUUUGCUUCCAACGUGUCGGCUGGAGGCAGCCCUCUGCGAGAACGCCCCGCGCUUUGAUGCGAGAACGGGCGCUGACUCCGCUGAGUUGGUCCUCGACUCGGGGGGGCGAAGAGUGUGGGUACAUCGGACAGACAGUGACUGCUCCAAGAGACUUAUGCGAAACACGAAA